CAUAUGGACGCGGUUGUCGUUCGUCGCCACAGGGAAUUUCACGCCGCCCAAAGGUCACCCGAAAGCUGCCGUUCGUGAGAGCUUCUGCAAACGACAGGAAAUCACAGGUGCUCCACGCAGCGGACCCCAACACUCACACGGACCUGGCUGACAACUAAGUUUCGCAAACAUGGCCGACCUUUCAAUCCCCAUCGUCAAGAAGAAGCUUGCCGGAUAUGUUGGUUUCCACAACCUCCCGAACCAGGUUCACCGCAAAUCGAUAAAAAAGGGUUUCCAAUUCACCCUCAUGGUUGUCGGUGAAUCUGGUCUGGGAAAGAGCACCUUGAUCAACACCCUUUUCAACACCUCGCUGUAUCCCAAUAAGGAGAACAAGGAACCCACCCACGACACCGCCAAAACCGUUGAUAUUCAGGCCAUCAGCGCUGACAUUGAGGAGAACGGUGUUAAGCUGAAGCUCACCGUGAUCGACACUCCCGGAUUCGGUGACUUCGUCAACAACGAGGAGAGCUGGCGCCCGAUCUUAGAAAACAUCGAGGCCCGGUACGAUGCGUUUUUGGACCAGGAGAACCGAGUCAACCGCAAGCGGGUCGUCGACACCCGUGUCCACGCCUGCCUGUACUUCAUUGCACCAACGGGACAUUCUCUGAAGCCCUUGGACAUCGAGUUUAUGCGCCACCUUGCAUCGCGUGUCAAUCUGAUCCCUGUCAUUGCAAAAUCUGAUACGCUGACGGAAGAUGAGAUCAAGGCGUUCAAGAUCAGGAUCCUUGAUGACAUCAACCAGAACAAGAUCCAGAUAUAUCAGCCACCAGUUUACGACAACGAGGACCCAGAAACCAUUGCCGAGAAUAAGGACAUCAUCGCCCGCAUUCCGUUCGCCGUGGUUGGUAGUGACAAGGAGGUCGAUGUCAACGGAAGGAAAGUCCGUGGACGCAAGUACCCAUGGGGUGUGAUCGAGGUCGACAACGAGGAGCAUUGUGACUUUAUCAAGCUGAGGCAAAUGCUCAUCAGGACUCACAUGGAGGAGCUCAAGGAGUUCACCAACGAAGUUCUGUACGAGUCUUACCGUAUGGGCAAGCUGCAGCGCGGUGGCAUCGACGGUGGAUCAUCUGCACCAGGCUCUGGCUCUAAGUUCGAUGACGAACGGGCAGCUCACGAGCAAAAGAUGGCGAAGAUGGAGGCCGAAAUGAAGGCCGUGUUCCAGCAAAAGGUGGCGGAGAAGGAGAACAAGCUGAAGCAAAGCGAAGAGGAACUCUACGCUCGCCACAGGGAGAUGAAAGAGCAGCUCGACAAGCAACGCAUUGAGCUUGAAGAGAAGAAGAGGCGUCUGGAGGGACGGCCCGGAACGCCCGAGAAGGCAAAGAAGAACAAGGGACUCUUCAAGUAGAGAAUCAGAAAUCGACGUCCCAUUCCCGCUCAAUAAUCAUCAAUCCGUUUUACGUCCCCUCAUAGACCGCUUCGUUCCGCCCGGGUUGGCGAACAAGCUCUCAAUCUUGGUCUUCCUUACUUUUCUAGACACGCUUUCUUUUUCUUCCCUUUUCAUUUAUGUAUUUUCGUCUCACUCCUGAGAAUAUACAUACAGACUCGAAUUCAAUAGAUAUAGUGAUCUUUAUUCUUC